AUGGGGGAGGUGACAGCAGAGGAGGUAGAGAAGUUCCUGGAUUCAAAUAUUGGCUUUGCCAAACAGUACUACAACGUCCACUACCGGGCCAAGGUCAUCUCAGACCUUCUCGGGGCCAAGGAGGCAGCCGUGGACUUCAGCACUUACCACUCCCUGAGCAGCGUAGAGGAGAGCGAAAUCAUUUUUGAUCUCCUGCGGGACUUCCAGGAGAACUUACAGACCGACAAAAGCGUCUUCAACGUCAUGAAGAAGCUGAGCUUCCUCCUGCAGGCGGACCGCAUGAGCCUGUUCAUGUACAGAACACGCAACGGCAUCGCGGAGCUGGCCACCCGGCUCUUCAACGUGCACAAGGACGCCGCCCUUGAGGACUGCCUGGUGAUGCCGGACCAGGAGAUUGUCUUCCCUCUGGACAUGGGCGUCGUGGGCCACGUUGCACACUCUAAGAAGAUCGCCAACGUCCCCAACACAGAAGAGGAUGAGCAUUUCUGUGACUUUGUGGACACCCUCACAGAGUACCAGACCAAGAACAUCUUGGCCUCCCCCAUAAUGAAUGGGAAGGACGUGGUGGCCAUAAUCAUGGCUGUGAACAAGGUAGAAGGACCCCACUUCACCAACAAAGACGAAGAGAUUCUUCUCAAGUACCUCAACUUUGCAAAUCUAGUCAUGAAAGUGUACCACCUGAGUUACCUGCACAACUGCGAGACUCGACGUGGCCAGAUACUGCUGUGGUCUGGGAGCAAAGUCUUUGAAGAACUUACGGACAUCGAGAGACAGUUCCACAAAGCCCUGUACACAGUCCGGGCCUUCCUCAACUGUGACAGAUAUUCUGUGGGUCUCUUAGACAUGACCAAGCAGAAGGAAUUUUUUGAUGUGUGGCCAGUUCUGAUGGGUGAGGCUCCACCAUACUCUGGUCCCAGGACUCCGGAUGGAAGGGAAAUUAACUUUUACAAGGUCAUCGACUACAUCCUGCAUGGCAAAGAGGACAUCAAAGUCAUUCCGAAUCCCCCUCCUGACCACUGGGCUUUAGUAAGCGGUCUCCCCUCUUACGUCGCCCAGAACGGCCUGAUUUGCAACAUCAUGAAUGCGCCUGCCGAGGACUUUUUUGCAUUUCAAAAAGAGCCAUUGGAUGAGUCUGGAUGGAUGAUCAAAAAUGUCCUUUCCAUGCCAAUUGUGAACAAGAAGGAAGAAAUUGUUGGGGUGGCCACGUUUUACAAUCGGAAAGAUGGGAAGCCUUUUGAUGAAAUGGACGAGACCCUCAUGGAGUCUUUGACUCAGUUUCUGGGCUGGUCUGUCUUAAAUCCUGACACCUAUGAGUCAAUGAACAGACUUGAAAAUAGAAAAGAUAUUUUCCAAGACAUAGUAAAAUAUCACGUGAAGUGUGACAAUGAUGAAAUUCAGGAAAUCCUGAAAACCAGAGAGGUGUAUGGGAAGGAGCCAUGGGAAUGUGAGGAAGAGGAGCUGGCUGAGAUCCUGCAAGCAGAGCUGCCAGACACAGAGAAAUUUGAAAUUAACAAAUUCCACUUCAGCGACUUGCCCCUAACAGAGCUACAGCUGGUGAAGUGUGGAAUACAGAUGUAUUAUGACCUCAGAGUGGUGGAUAAAUUUCACAUUCCGCAAGAGGCCCUGGUGCGGUUCAUGUACUCCCUGAGCAAGGGCUACCGCAAGAUCACCUACCAUAACUGGCGGCACGGCUUCAACGUGGGGCAGACCAUGUACUCCUUGCUGGUGACAGGAAAACUGAAGCGAUACUUCACGGACCUGGAGGCCCUGGCCAUGGUCACUGCUGCCUUCUGCCAUGACAUUGACCACAGAGGCACUAACAACCUCUACCAGAUGAAAUCUCAGAACCCGCUAGCCAAGCUCCAUGGCUCCUCCAUCUUGGAAAGACACCACCUGGAGUUCGGCAAAACGCUGCUCAGAGAAGAGAACCUGAAUAUCUUUCAAAACCUCAAUCGCCGACAACAUGAGCAUGCCAUCCACAUGAUGGACAUCGCCAUCAUAGCCACUGACCUCGCCUUGUAUUUCAAGUUGACGAUGAGGCCAAUGUCCAGGAAGAUCGUGGAUCAGUCUAAGACGUACGAGACGGAACAGGAGUGGACGCAGUACAGAUGCUGGGAGCAGACGCCGACAGGAAUCGUAAUGGCCAUGAUGAUGACUGCCUGUGAUCUCUCGGCCAUCACCAAGCCCUGGGAGGUGCAGAGCAAGGUAGCUCUGCUGGUUGCUGCCGAAUUCUGGGAACAAGGUGACCUGGAGCGCACGGUGCUGCAACAGAAUCCCAUUCCCAUGAUGGACAGGAACAAGGCGGAUGAACUCCCUAAGCUUCAGGUCGGCUUCAUUGACUUUGUUUGCACCUUCGUCUACAAGGAAUUCUCCCGCUUCCACCCAGAGAUCACCCCCAUGCUGGACGGGAUCACCAACAACCGCAAGGAGUGGAAGGCGCUUGCUGACGACUACGAAGCCAAGGUGAAGGCGCUGGAGGAGGAGAAGCAGAAACAGCAGGCGAACAAGCCAGGCGCAGGAAAUCAGCCCGGAGGGAACCCCAACCCAGGGGGUGCGCCUGCCUCCAAGUCCUGCUGCAUCCAGUAGCCUGAUCGGGGUCGUGCGGCCAGAUGGCUCCACCCUUUCAUGGGAGGAGAUGACCCAAGACAAUGAAGAACCACCCUCCUUCCUGAGAAGUAAAAGAGCUACAGGAUUUGAAAGCAGAUAGAGAAUUUAGCUUACAACUUAUCUAGUAGCUUUUGAACAUUCUUUUAGCCUUGAGAACUAUUCAUUGAGCUAAAACCGAUAUCCUAGCUUUUCAUAGACAUUUGUUAAACAUUUAAUUAAUGCCAGGUUCACCUGCUUGCUUGGGACCAUUUUUCUUCUUAUACUUUCAUGCUUUAUAAGGCAUUUUUAUUCUCAAAAGUAGAGAAUCCCCAUAUACCUUUCACCCAGAUUCUGGUGGUAAGAUUUUGCCACAUGUACUUCAUCUGUCCUUUUUGUUUCUUUCUCAAUUUUUUCUUAGCUGAAGCGUUCAAAGGCAAAUUCCAUACAUAUCACUUCAUUCCUCCAUUGCAUAUCUUUAAAGAAAUAAGGGCAUAUUUUUCUUUCUUUCUUUUUAAUGCUUAUCCCAGCACUGGAGGCAUUUUCUUUUUUUUUUUUUUCUCAUUUGCCGGUUUUUAUUUCAGCAUAUUAUUGGAGGCAUUUUCUAAUGUAAGCACAUCAUUAUCAGAUGCAAUAGAUGCACACCUACCACCCGGUUGUGGUGGAUGCUGUGAUGAGCGACACAGACCCCCACUUCAGUAAAGGACUCGGGGCACCACUAGCUGUGAGUGCGGUUGGCAGACAGCCUUCAGUGUCAGCCCCUGCAGGGAUUACUGCAGCCGCAGGGACACACCUUACCUUUCCCAGGGCAGCCUACAGCCAGUGACUGGUCCAUGCCAGGUGGAAAGGCCUGGCCAUCUUGGCCAGACAUGGGACAACUCUCAGGGCUAUUCUAGCUCCAGGACUCCUUGUGGGGUCCCCAAGUCUGUUGCUGGCUCACGUCACAGUUCAAUUCCUCCCUCUGCCCACCCCUACUUCCUUCCUUCCCUUGCCCCUUCCCCAGGCAUUGGUCCCAGGGCACUAAGCAUCCUGCAGACUAAGUCAUUUUAGAGUCUGCUUUCUGCAGAACCCAACUUCAGAUGCCAGCCCUUAAUCCACUUUCCCUCAUUGUUACAAGAACGUCUCUAAUAGUUGCUUUGCUUGAAUCUGAUUCAAACAAGUUUCACACAUUGAAUUUAGUUGUUAUUUGUUUCCUUUUAUUUGUUUUUAGGAAAAAGGUAUACUUUUUUCCCAUGGGGAGCCAAAGAUAUACUUUUUAUUCCCACUGAUUUCAGGGAAUAUAAAUUAAGGCAAAUUAUUUUCAACUUCAGGCCUUCUGUUUCAAUUAACAUAUGUUCUGUUAGUUUAAAAACAGAACUUCUUUAAAAUCAGAUCUAAGUAUGCUCUGGUGAGUCUGCAAUGCCUGGCAGAGUGCCCUCGGCCUGAUUAGUAUUCACACCAUAGUAACUGAUGUUGAAAACAGCACAAAUAAACCAAAAGUUGAAAAUGACAACAACGUGCUUAAAAGUUUGCAGUAAAUUUCUGCUGCACCCACCGAAACUCAAUUUUCCCCCAUUCUCUAUUGUUUUUAGCCCAACCUCCAAUUUUAUUGAGGUAUAAUUGACAAAUAAAAACUGUAUAUAUUUAAGGUGUACAACAUGACGUUUUGAUAUACAUAUACAUUGUGAAAUGAUUACUACAAGCAAGCUAAUUAACACACCACCGCCUCACACAGUUAGUUGC